AUGGAGCGCAUCCAACAUUGUGUGACUGCGGCAGCAAACCAAAGCGACCUUGAUGCUCGUCGCCAGGCUUUGCGGGCCAAGCACACAUCUCUCGACCACCAAGUUGACCAGCUACGGUCAGAUCGCGAUGACGAAGACCUUGAGGAAAUUCUCUCGGAUCAGCGGGAAGCUGAAAAAAUUGACACGAAACGUAAGGCCGAGGAUGAAGAUCGGAUCGCUAGCAAAAAAUGUCGAUAUGAACAAAAAGUCAAGAAACGUAAGGUCGAAGAUGAAGGUUGUGAACGAUCGAGAGCGAGUCUUGGAGCAGAAACAGUGUCCUUUUUUCAAGCGCUUGAUCUUGAGACAUACAAGUAUAUGCUUGAUGUGUUGGGCGAAUAUCCGCUUAAGCAGCGACAAGAUCUAAAGCAGCACUCACGAUCGCAGGUCCCUGGAGCAAGUUUGACGGUCCCUUGCUCCACCGCCGAACCCAAAGAGUUUCCUGACUUGCCGAAAGCCCAGUCACAUCGGUCAGACGCUGAGUAUACAGGUCCCGGGACAGGAGCACGAGUAUCGAAUAAAGGUAAGUCCGCUUGUGGCACUUGUGGUAGGAGGUUCUACCGUCGGAUCACUCGCGAUAAUCGUGAGAAGCAGCAUGAAGAUGGUCAUCCCAAUCGCUGUCCAGAACUAGGCGACCACAAGCCAUUCGGAACUAAAAACUCAGCCAUGAUGCGUGCAAAAUUGAUUUAUGAAGAAACGCAUCCCUAUUACGAUUCUAGUGAUAAAGCAUCUUCUCAAAGCGAGCAGAGCACCCCGCCUACGAAGUCAGAACAAGUUUGUCCAGAGAAGAAACGACCCAUGAUUAUAUUGAAGAUUGGCACCAAAAGUGAGAAUCAGGGAUGA